GAUUAAAGAAUCCAAAAACUUAGUCAUAGAGACAAGAGACAGAAACUUCUCGCAGAGUCAAAAACAAUUUUUUUUUUUUUUUUUUUUUGUGUGCAAUAUCGAUUUAGUUCAACAAAAUAAAAGUUGAAGUGUGAUAAUUAACAUUGAUAUGAGAUGGAGAUCGUAAAUUAGAGAGAGAAGCGAUGAGAUUCAAAAAUUUGAAUUUCAUAAGGCGGAUCUAUGGUGCCUCCAAGAAGAGGCCAAAUCUAAACAAAAACCUACAAAAUGAUAAUCAGUUAUUAGCGCCGGCAGAUAGGAGUCUGAUAGAAGAAGGAAUUUUUGCAGAUUGUGUUAUGGUAUCACAGACAACAAAGCCCUCUUCCUCCUCAACUGUUAUGCUGUUUAUGGGGCUUGAUUAUUUACGUGUAGCUGAUGUCUCUAACGACAGCACCAAUAACGUAACCUGCUUAGCAAAAUUAAAGCGUAAUUCUCUCCCUAAAUUCACAGGAUAUGUUGUUUUAGACUCUAAACUCUAUGUUAUCGGCGGCGACUUCAUCAUUGAUGGUGGUGGACUUAUACUUGAUCCUCAAAAAAAUGUUCCUACAUAUUCACGUGAAGUCUGGAUCUAUGAUCUUAGCAACAAGGAUGGGGUUUGGGAGAGGGGUCCACGUUUAAACGGAGGUAAGCCAAAACCUUUAAUUGUAGCAGUGAAUGGUAAGAUUUAUGUCAUCGCUGGUACUUGUGGAUAUCAUAGACCGUUGGAUGGUUUAGAAAUUCUAGACCCGGUAUUUGAGGUACUUGAUGUUCAAUCUGGGGUUUGGUCAAAACUAUCUGACCCGCCAUUUCGUUAUGCAUACGAUUAUGCUCUGUUUCCUGAGUUUUUGUUUCAUGUUGUUGUGGGUAAUGUGUUGUAUUUAGGAGUGAAUUUACCUGUUUAUGAGGGAGGAGAUAGUAAUGGUGUGGAUCGUGUGUUUUGGUUUGAUUUGAUUCGUGAAAAGUGGUGUGAUUAUGAUUAUGAUUAUACUAAUUUCCGUAGUAGCUAUCCAGUUGUUGUGAGAAAUAUGAGUUCGUUUGGUUGGGAUUGUAGUGGUGAUGUUUUUGAUGGGAAAUUGUAUAUGCUUCAGACUGCUACAAAACCAGCUGUAUUUUGUGUUUAUGAUCUGCGCAAGGUUGAUUUUUGGUCCCGAGAUGAUAAUUUAUCUUUGGAGUUGGAUGAAUCUGUACAUGAUGCGGAAUUAGACAACUUCAAGUUCUCUUGCAAUUUGGGAGAAGGAAACGAGGGAAAGGAGGAGAAGGAGGCUAUGCAGAAAGCCAAGGAGCAAGAUGUGAAUCCUGCAUAUAAGCAUAGGAUUGGCAGGUGUAUUCCUCAUCUUGUCACUGGUUUGGAUAAGAUCUUAACUAAAUUACCUAGCGAUGGCUUAACCUCUUGGCAUCUGGUUCCUCUUGAUGAAAAAGGCUGUGUGUUUCGCCUUGUUUGUUUCUUUGUCUCGGAAUUAAGUCAAAAUCAUUUUGUUCUUCUUUCCACGUUUGAGUUAGAGCAAACGCCGACCUCUCUCCAUGCCCGAAAAGUGACCUAUACGACCACCUCCAUCAGUGAUUGUUGGGGACUGCCUAUCUUAUGCUGGAAAAUGGAACAUAUCCAAGAUAACUCCACAACAGUUGCAUCAACUAGACAAAUACUCAACUUUAGUGGAAGGUCGUGCAACCAUGUGCUGUUUCUUGGAAUACCAAGAUAAAUAAUGUAAACAUUAGUGGAGGCUAAUCAUCUUUGUUGCUCUCCCAAUCAACAUCGAAGAAGGCAUGAAGGGAGAGUGGAGAAUGGUGAGUGAAGAGCGAUGAUGAAGAAUAAGCCCAUUAUCCGUAUUGACAUAAAAAUAAUGAAGCAAUUGUUUGAUUGCAUUCUAGUAUUUUAUAGUGGGAUGAUGUAUGACAACACAAUACACAUUUAAUAUGAGUGAGAGAUAAGUACUAUAGGUUGCCAAUAAGUUGGCAAAAUUCCGUGGGAUUAGACAGGGUAAAGCCCUGGUGAAGGUCGAGCACUGGAUGAAUGGCUAUUAGUAUGGAUACUAGUAUAGAAUGAACCAUAUUUAUGCAAGACAACCUAUAACUAUGUAACAGUGUUGCGACAGAAGCAGGCUACCAAGAUGGGGAAGAACUUCAAUGGCUUAAAAAGAGGUGAAAGUACCCAGAUCGAAAAGCGUGUGGCUAAAGCUGAAAUGAAUCAUUGGAUGCACAACUGCAUAUAAUGAUAAUAUUUCAAUAUAGACAAGAAGAUGGAUCAUUAGAGUAUUAGCUUUGAACUCAAACAGAGAGU